AUUUGUAAUAAUAUACUUUUAGUUCUGUUUUUAUUAAUUUUCCGUCGUUUUUGUUUUUGAAAAAUAUUAUUUUUCCGCGUUACGUGUGUUCGCUAUUUUAACUGUUCGUAUUCGUACAUUAACACAUUGCAAAACUAUUUUACGGCUGUAACUGCGAGUAUUAUUAAAGGUCGUCGACAGUAGCAGUGGUCCUCGAAAAGACAACUGUUUUAGCCGAAAAAGUUGUUGUGGAACGUAGAUUACUAUCCUGUCUUUGGUCCAACAUUGCAAUUUUCAUCACUGCUGUUUUCCUGAAUUCUUCUGAUAAGGUCGUAUUAUAUGAAUUGGCAGUUGUGAAGAGUCUGAUGGCAUAGCAGCUAUGAUGUCGAUCAAUUUGGUUUGGCUGUGUUCCCUACUGGUGUUGUUUGGUUCCAAAUGGACCGACGCAACAGAUCUAUCUCAAUGCAUGUCGGCACUCGGCAUGCAGUCCGGAAUGAUAAAAGACGAAGAUUUAACCGCUAGUUCUUCUUUCGAAAUUGGAAACGUUGGACCACAGAAUGCCAGGGUACGCACAGAAAGAGAAGGGGGUGCUUGGUGUCCAAAAGAGCCGGUCACUAGGGAACCCACUGAAUGGCUUGAAGUCAAUUUACACGUGGUAAGAGUGAUCACGUCGGUGGAGACUCAAGGCAGAUUUGGCAAUGGACAGGGUCAAGAGUUCACCGAAGCGUUUUUGAUUGACUACUGGAGACCAAAGCUUGGAAAAUGGGUCCGAUACAGAAACAUCACUGGACAUGAGAUACUGAUCGGUAACAUCAACACGUACUUAGAACACAAACAAGAACUGAAUCCUCCGAUUUGGGCGUCGAAAAUUAGAUUCUUGCCACACAGCUACCACACCCGACAGGUGUGCAUGCGAGUCGAGCUCUACGGAUGCCCGUGGACAGACGGCAUUCUGAGUUACUCGAUGCCGCAAGGUGAUAAACGUAAUCCGGAAUGGGAGUUCUAUGAUUCCACGUACGACGGAUAUUGGGAUGAUGAAUUGCAAAGAGGUCUUGGACAACUAACCGAUGGUAAAAUCGGACAAGAAAAUUUUAGAAUGGGAUACUAUGACUCCGAAAGAGGUCAAGGAUGGGUUGGUUGGAGAAAUGAUACGAGGAAUGGUCAAGCGAUCGAGAUAAAAUUUGAGUUUGACAAGGUUCGAGAGUUCACCGGGGUUCAUAUAUAUUGUAACAACCAGUUUCAAAAAGAUGUACAGGUGUUCUCCGAAGCGAGUAUUUUAUUCAGCGUGGGAGGAAAAGUUUACUCGUCGGAACCGUUGACAUACACUUACAUGGAAGACAGAAUAUUUGAAACGUCCAGGAAUGUCAGCAUCAAAUUGCACAGGAGAGUCGGUCGUUUCAUUAAACUUAGAUUGUCUUUUGCCGCCAAGUGGAUCAUGAUCAGCGAGAUAACAUUCGAUUCUGAUGUCGCUCAGGGCAAUUUCUCCGAGGAAAGUGCUAUACCGCCAGAGCCGCCUAUUCAGAAGAACGGUUCGACGAUGAAAGAUCAUCAGGAUCCUCUGAGACCGGAACUCCCAGUCCCUACUGCCAAAGACGAGGACCAGACGUACAUGGCGGUCAUUAUCGGUGUGCUAAUGGCAGUCAUCAUAUUGCUGGCGGUUGCUAUUUUCCUGAUUGUAUCCCGGCACCGGAGGAGGAAAUGCUUCGCCAGCCCGUUGGUGGGCAAGAGCGCACUGGCCACGGGCAACGGAUGUCCUGGAAUGUCAUCGGGCAGUAGCUGCGGCACAGGCGGCAGUUAUAAGGAAGCCGGCACGGGAAGCUCGGCCAGUCACCACGGCGGCACCGGCCACGGACAUCCGGCAGGCGCCGUCAACGCCCACCUACACGACAUGGACAGGCUGAUCCAGCUGGACGCUGAACCGUACCAGGAGCCGUAUCACGCGCACACACCGUUCUACAGUUACAGUACUGUGGUAGUCGGCCGCAACGUGGAUUCAGGAAACUCUGCGUACGAAUACGCCGUGCCCGAGACCGGAACCAUGCCAUUACUCACCACUUCGCCACCGCCACCUCCGCCACCGUCAGCUCCUCCUGUGGCUCCUGUCACGACCGACACGUUUGCCAGGAACAAAAUGUAUCCCACGGACGAAAGCAGAAGUAGUAAAAAAUCUUCGCAAAAACAAGAAUCCCAAACCGCAUUGAAACGCCGGCUCGAACAAACGCCUGUGCCCGAAUUCCCACGGCACCGUCUGCGUAUGUUGUCCAAACUCAGUGAGGGUAAUUACGGAGCGAUUUACGUGGCCGAAGCGGACGGUAUCAACGAAUACAGCUCGAAAAUGACACUGGGCAAACGACUGGUGGCCGUAAAAUUCUUCUCGCCCGCGUUAUCGGAAAAAGAAAGAGCUGAACUACAAAACGAUGUGAGGAUUUUGGCCGGUCUGGAAGAUCAAAACAUCGCCAGAGUGUUAGGCGUGUGUACUUCGGAACAGCCACUGUGCGUAGUCAUGGAAUACAGCGAGCACGGCGACCUCAACCAGUUCCUCAAAACACACGUACCCGUCGAAGCUGCCCGGAACUUGCCGCCCACUGUGAAAACUCUCAGUUUCCAAUGUCUGCUGUAUCUCGCAACACAAAUAGCGUCCGGGAUGCGUUACCUGGAAUCAUUGAACUUCGUCCACCGUGAUUUGGCUACCAGGAAUUGCUUGGUGGGAAAAGCAUACAAGGUAAAAAUCAGCGAUUUCGGCACCGACAACGAAGCGUAUGCGGCCGACUACUACAAACUGGACGGCAAUCUCGGACUCCCCGUCCGAUGGAUGUCGUGGGAAUCAGCGUUCUUGGACAAGUACUCGACGAAGAGCGACGUGUGGUCGUUUGCCGUGACCCUCUGGGAGAUCCUGCACCUGGCCAAGUCCCGACCGUACGAAGGGUUCUCCGACCAUCGGGUGGUCGAGAACCUGUCGCACAUGCACGUGGACGACGGCCUGUUCGAGUACCUGCCCCGGCCGGCGUGCAGCCGGGACAUCUACGACCUGAUGCGCGAGUGCUGGAAGCGACAGGAGUCGGACCGGCCCACGUUCCGGGAGAUCCAUCUGUUCCUGCAGCGCAAGAACCUGGGCUACGCUCCCGCGGCCGCCGCGUCAUGACGGUCCGGCGGAGGCAGCGGCGGCAGCGACGGCAGUCGGCGCGAAGGAUGGCCUUUCGUGCUCCGGCAAAACGCUUCCUAUCUGCCCGGAUGCGACGCAGACUGAACGAAGCCGAGAAACCCGACGUCGGCGACGAGGUGGUCGACAAUAAUACCUCUCCGAAGACACUAACUACGAGCUCUGGUCGACUCUAUCGCUCGCCCCGACGUCUGACAAUUUACUGUUUCGACAAUCUCUUUUGGCGCGCGGCUUCUACGCGCGAUCACAAUAAAUCAACAGCUCUCGGAGCCGCCGCCACCGCCGCACGUACAAAGUGCGCCGUUUGUUUGUUUUUUUAAUAAUAUUAUUUGUUUUAUUAUUUUUUUUUUCUCAUUAUUAUUUUUAUUAUCAUCAUCUUAUGUUUCUCUGUUCAUUGACCCGACGUCUGUACAAAAUGAUAAUAUUAUUAUGACAUCAUAACCAUAAUGUAAUAUCACGUUGACGAGUCGUCACCGCACUAUCUCUUACACCUACCAUAUUAUUAUACCUAUCGGCGUGUUGGUAAUCUCACUAAUCAUCCACCGAACCAAAUGAAUUAUUACCGUCCGUUCUUGGUCGAAAUCAACUACCUCGGCGGUGUGUUCGUCGAGUGCCUAGUUCGUACGGUAUCCGUUUUUUGUUAUCGUCCUGUACAUAAUAUAAUAUACAGACAAACCAAUAAUUAUAUUAGAAUUAUUCAUAUAUAUAUAUAUAUAAAUAUAAAUAUAAAUUGUAAAUUUUAAACGCCAUGUGUAAUAUAUUAAUAAUAUAGACUGAUAGAAAAAUAGGCAAUAUCGACCGCGCACGAAUAUCGCGUCCGGCGUGUCUCCUUUUAUCCGCCACAGUUCAAUCGAGAAAUGACAUUGCGCAAACAUACGUAUUUUAAUUUAGCGUAUCGUAUUUUAAUGCGAUUAUAAUAUAAUAUAUUAAACGAGAAAUGCGAGCUUGUGCGCGCGGACGUGAUUAUUUUCAUAUUGUAACUGCGCUGUUGCUUGUUAUUUUAGAUUCUUCUCGUCGCGUUUAAGCGAGUCUCAUCUGUAUUGUGUAUAAUAAACGUUUUUUUUUUUUUUUAAACGUGUAAAACGCUGAUAAUCUAAUGAAUUAACAUAUCUGCUAUUUCCGUUUUAAUCGCUCGUGUAUUGUCCACCGUCAUGGCGAUUCUAGUGGAGAUGUAGUUUGCCUAUAUUUUAUAUUGUAAUAAUAUUUUCGACAUAUUGUAUAAAAGUCGGGCGGUUGGUUUGUUGCAUCGCCCUUCCCCUCUCUCAAAACUCCUCUCGUAAAUCGCUCGACGUUAUCCUCUCAAAUGUUCAGGAAUCGACAAUCGUCGAGAACACAUUUAAUCGCAAUAACGUACUACCUAAGCUGUUCAAAAAUUUAAAUCAUUACAUUAUAUUAUUAGAAUAUUAAUUAUGUUGUACAUAUUAUAUUAUUAUUAUA